UUUCGAGGCAAAAAGCGAUUUUAACAUUAACGCUUAUUACGAGAAAUUGGCGUCAAUCAUUGAUUAUCAGCGAAAACAAUCAAAUUUGAAAAAGAUUGUGAUCAAUACGUUUCGUUUUUUUUACUCCUUUUGAGAUCAACUGUUGUUUUCGUUUUCGUUUUUUCAUCUCUCAUCGAAUUGAUCGGCUAUCGAAAUGGGCCUUAAGAACUUUGGUCACGUUCCAGAUGAUCUUGUUCAACGAAUUCGUGUCAAGUUCCUUGAAUAUGUUUCGAACCAGGUUACAAUUGAUGGUCAAGAUGAGUCGCUAUUCUAUCAGGAGGAUAUCGAUAAGAUCACCAAUGAAGACUGGUACAUAAAGCGAUUUGUGAUCGCUGCUUACAAGAAUGAGACUGAAGCCUUGGAAAAGUUAAUCGAUACGAUGAAAUGGAGGAAGAAUAUUAAAUUAAGAGAAACUGUUGAUAACUAUUUUCCAAAUGAUUUCUAUGAUUGUGGUGCUGUGUUCCCUUAUGAGAAUGAUAUUCAUGGUGAUUUAUCUUUGUGGAUUCGUUGUGGUGCUGUUCGUAAGUUUGGUGAAUACACUGAAGCUGGUAAACGAUUUAUGGUUCACCGUUUAUUUCAAAUCGAUGAACUUGCUGGACCUAAAGGUUACGCUUUGGUGAUCGAUUUUACUGGCGCUGGAACAACCGCUUUACAAAACCUCGAUCUGCUCCAUCACUUCAUCACUACUCUUCACCAUCGAUUCCCGGCUGGUGUUAAUUAUUGUCUUAACUAUCAGAUUCCAUGGCUUCUUAAAACGGUUUGGGGAGCUGUUCAAUUCUGGAUCCCUGAGAAACGACGAGAUAUUAUCCAAUUCUCUUAUCGAAAUGAUUUGUACAAAUACUUUGAAUUGGCUCAUGUUCCAAGUUAUUUAUCUGGUGAAUGUAAAAGAUCAUGGAAAGAAAAGCCAGAGAACUGUCCAACUACCCUCGAAUUUGGUCUGUACGAACUGGGACUAACUGAAGACGAUGCAGCAAGAACAAUAGCAGAUUAUGAGCACUUCCGUGAUUCUCAAAUAGUCCCACUUGAUCGUGGAGAAUAUUCAUAACUUGCAAUAUGUAAACCAAAUUAUUCUUAACCAAUAUCAUCAUAUCAACGAAAAAAUUCAGAUAAUUUGACUGAGUAAAUUAUAACUGUAAACUAAUCACCUUUCAAUGAUAAUCCAACCAAAUUAUUUACAUAGAGAUGAAAAAAGCAAAGAAAACUUUUUACAAUUUAAAAUUGAAAUUCUAGCAAGUAAAUAAAUUAUCCUAAUUAUUUGUAAGUGUUAACCUAAAGUCCGAUUGUCGAUUCAAUAAAAAAUUUCAU